CAUUCUUGAUUUCUCUCUUGCUGCAGAUCUUUUGUGGAGGAGCAGAGACUGCAAGGCAGGGUGACGGCGGCGUUUGUUAAAAAAAAAUGGGAAAACCUGAAACAAAAAUACAAAGAUCUGAAAUGUCCGCAGACGGGGGUGAGCACUGAGGAUGGAGAGCCCACAGCAGCAUCCUGGAAGUGGUACACUGCCAUGGAUGAGGCAAUUGGGGGCAGACCCUCCAUCUCUCCUCCUGCCCUCGUUGCCUCAUGUGGGCCGGAUGCUGCUGUGGUCUCUUCAUCCUCAGUGAGGCCAGAGCCAGCAAGAGCCAGGAAAAGGGCUAUAGAUGUGGAGGAGCUGAUCCGGGACAUGGAGGAGCGAGAAGAGGAGAGAGAGCGGAAGGCAGCUGAGAGGGAGGAGAGGCUGUGGAGAGAAAUGGAGGAGAAGGAGGACAGAAGAGAACGGGAGAGACGAGAGAGAGAGGAAAGACAAGAAAGAGAAGUAAGAGAAAGAGAAGAGAGAUGGCACCGGGAGGCAGUCGAGAGAGAGGAAAGGAGAGAAAGAGAAACCAACGAAAGGGAUGAAAGGUUCCUUUCUGUUCUUCAGAUGCUCGCCAAAAAAUAAAUUAUUUGACAAAAAACAUCUUCUGAUCUUUUGCACAUUUGGGUUGAUGUGAAUUAAAUUUGUGAAUAAAAAUGGGAA